AGGAGGAGGAGGAAGCACAGAGAGGAGGAGGAAGAGGAGGAGCGGGGAGGUGUAAUCGCCACGGAAGGAAAGGUCGCGACGGGGAAUAAAUACGACGGAAGAUGAGGAGGAGGCACAGUUCCAUCCGAGACUUCAGGCAGCUCACAAGCGGGGAUAACUGAGUACCAUGUGGAAGGAAAUACUGCUAGUUGGCUUCGCGAGUGUCGCCCUGCGUCAGGCAGAGGCGGACGGAGGAGCAGAGAGCUUGCCCUUCCACGGAUUCCUCCCCGUAGAAUACAUCAGAUCCAAACAGCCCCGUGGCGACAACCAGCCCAACGACGUGUACCAACAUCUGCAGCCCAAAGCCAUCCUGCAAAACGACGAGGACGUGUACUACCCUCCCACCCUCAUCGGCUUCGGGCUGGAGCACGGCCAGGACCCUGAAGAACGCGUCUACAAGGUCUACUCCAAGCAAGAGGUCGAGGAGUUGAGGAGGAGGCAACAGAGCAAGCACGGCAAGCACGCCAAGGGAGGCAAGGGAGGCCACCACAGCAAGGGAGAUCACGGCAAGGCUAUCCACAACAAGCCUGUCCCCCCACCCCCAGCCCCCGAUCACCAACAGCAGCCUUCCCUCCCCCACCCUCCUCCCCAACACAACCACCACCUCAGUCAAGAGAGGUUCCCUGCCCCUUCAUCUGAGCACCAUAUCUCUUACCCCAGCCAUCCCCCUCCCCCACCCCAGUACCACCCUAAGGCAGUCUUUCCCCCAUCCCUCCCUCACCGCGGGUAAGCCUCAAUCACCUCUUUCUCCACUGUAAAUACUCUCUGUGGCUUCAUCCUUCCUGACGUCCCUGCCUCGCUCUUCUCAUCGUACCACAAAUCGCCCUUCCUCUAGGAAGACUUCCGCCAAAAUCAGACCACCAUGCACCGCCUCGCUAGUGGUCCCAGAGCCAUGAUAAUGCCGCGACUUUCAUUCUACCUCUUCUUACAAACCCUAAAAGGCGCCAUGACUGUUGUUGUGGCACUCUAAUUCUUCUCCCUCCCAUGUAUCAAAUCAUCGUCCUCGCUCCCUUUACAUUCGUAUUCAAUCUCCGGGAGUCACCGAGUCACUUCCAUAUCGCCUUCACUCCUUUGUCAUCGCCGGUAAGGUCUUCAUCCUCUCUUAGCGGGAAGAUACACACGGACCUUCACGUUUUCUCGGUCACGCAGCACAAGUGUAGGAUGCUCAAACUAAUGUGCUUUGCUUACCUCCAUCUGGGAUGUCCUCGAGCCGAGAGAGAGAGCCAGGCUACACCAGAAUCCUGUCGCUCACGUGCGUCGCAGCGAAAGUCAGUCUCUUUGCGGCUCAUACCAUCCCAGAGUGGAGAGUUCCCAAGUACUGUUUGAGUCUGAAUAUCCUUGCGUGCUGAGACUGAACACUCAUCCCAUCAUUAUCUCAUCACCAUCGCACUGUUCCGUCUUCUCAUUCAUCUUUGUCUAACGGGUAGCAUCCCACGGCGCAGCUCAUCCUAAAUGGGAAUAUUCCUGCAUGCAGAUCCUUCACCAGCAUGGAACAUCAACAAUGACGUCUACGAUAUUGAGCUCUCUAGCAAAACCCGCCGUGAGAUGCCAUCCAAGUUGACAACAGUGCUGAUGUUAACAUUGUAGAGUGGCAUGUGAUCCGCUGACUCUCCUGCGAUAGUGUUUUGUUUCUCCAGCAGCAUCAUCAUCGCUCUAUCUGUACUCCCGUUACGUGUGACCUCCCACCUUCCAUCUCUCCCCCGUGCCUCCUCCCCUGCUCCUCGUCAGUGGCUGAACGAUAAAGCAUUGCAAUGGGCAUUCUUUGCUCUAUUUGUGAUAUUACAUUUACGUAUUUAUGUAUAUCUGUAUAGCUGUAUGGUUGUACAUAAGUUGAGUAUGUUGUAAUUUAUGUAUCAUUUGGUGUGAUACGCAUUAUAUAUAUAAAUAAAAAGGGCCCUAAAAAACAAAAGAAUGUGUGAUGAUAUAUAUAUGUGUGUUUAACGUCGUGAACAAUAUUCCGGCAUAAAAGUCUCGAAAAUAUUCUAUAAAAAAGCUGUCUUUGUUUACAACUAUUAUAUUUUUA